GUCUGUUGAUCAACAACUUCAACGUCUCGCUGUUGCCUGACAGUUUCAACACAUAAUAGUUGCAGCUGGGCGCUGCCAGCAAAACCGUAAGGAUUGGCAACUAACACCAAAUACUAUUCUUCACAAUACGUAGCAAGUGAACUUACGGCGUAGCAAAUAAUGAAGUCGAGACUUGUGAGCGCAGGGAGGCUGCUUGCCAAUGUGUCACUAACACCAGCACGUAAAGGCAAAGCUUUAGGAGAGCUCUUUGGUCAGCAGAUGGAGUUUCGAGGGUUUUCGGAGCCCACCGAAAGACUACAGCCACACGUAGUGCUGCAUAGUAUAUCUGAUGAAGGCGUGUGGUUCAAGUUAGCUCCUGAAGAAGGUUGCGAAGCGAGUUGGCAUGAGCUGGAUCUAAUCCACAGCUCAUGUGUAACAGAUUCCAAGACUGCUAUCGUGUCGAUCGGAGGCGGAUUCGAGGUGCAUUUGGUCGCUAUGUUGGGCAAUCGUCAGGAGCAUCGCAAAAACCACAGACCGUAUUUCUGGGGAUUCCUCGUGAAGGAAGGCCAGUUCUCAGCCUGCUUGAAGAUGCUGAACCUGCGCUGCCUUGCUGUGGUCUUCGAUCUCGAUGAGACCCUCUUCGUCGCCAAUACCAUGAAGUCAUUUGAAGACAAGAUUGGCGUGCUGAGACAACGCCUAGCGGCUAACAGUGACCCACAACUGGCUAAGCUGUUGGCAGCUGAGCUGGGUCGCUAUGAGGAGGACAGGCAGAUCCUCCUCCAAUACUAUGACACCAACGCUGUCAUGCUCGACGGAAAGUGCUACGUGGCUGAGCCUGAAGCUGUGACGCCCGUUGACGGACAAUCGCUUCCUCCUUCUAGACCUGUCCUCAGGCUCCCGCACCAAAACAUAGUUCUAACCAGAAUCUUUCCUGAGAACCGGGACACUAGUGUCCUUGUCAGAAUGCGGCCUUCCUGGGAUGACCUGCGCAGCUAUUUUUCAACCAAGGGACGAAAGCGGUUUGAGGCUUUCGUGUGCACAAUGGCAGAGAAGCAGUACGCUUUGGAGAUGUGGCGCCUGCUGGAUCCGGAAGGAAAGCUUAUCCAGCCUAGGGAGCUGUCAGCCCGAAUCAUUUCAGUCAAAGCUGGCACGUUGAAAUCACUUCAGAAGGUGUUUCACAGGAAUGAUUCUGAUCCAAGGAUGGCUGUCAUCAUCGAUGACAGAAUCAAUGUAUGGGAGGAAAGGGAUCAGCCACGUGUCCACCUUGUCCAACCUUUUGCUCCAUAUGCUGCACCUUUGGCAGAGAUUGGUCUACCUCUUCCAGUCUUGGUGCACGCAAGAAACGUGAUUUGUCAUGUCAGAACGGACUUCUACAGGGCAAUUGAUGAGUUUCUGUGCCAAGAGCUGGCAAGCACAUUCCAUGAUGCAGAGUUACAUCAGCUUCCACCAAUUCCAGAUACGGCAAUUUUUGUGAAAGGCGUUCCAGUGGACGAUGAUGUUAUCGAGUCGAAGGAGCAGCAGCAAUGGAUUUUCCAGUAUCCUGGGGAGAAGCCAUUAGCUCAAGUUGCAGAUUUGGAUGUACCUGACAGAGGCGCCCCACGUUUUGGGGGUCCACAUCUAGAGAGGGUGCAAGCAACGAUGGACCAACCAAGGAAUCCAGCAUUUCCAUUGGCAAUGGAUCAGCCACCAGGGCCUGAAGAUGAUUCUGAAGACUUGCCUGCGUGGCAACCAGAUAUUCCCACAGGAGCACCAUCCGAGUUGCUAAAUCAACUGUCCGAAGUCUCUCCAGGUAGUACUGGAGUUGAUAAAACUGGUGAGGUUCCAGCUCAACCUGGAACUGAGGAGGAGGUGGAGGAAGGGGAGCUCUCAGACAGAGAGGAUUCAGAUUCGCGACCACAUACUGAGGCUGAGUCCGGGUCGAAGCAUGAAACCACAUCAACGGAUUCAGAAUUGGAGCAGCGUCGAAGGCUGCUUAUAUUGCAGCAUGGGAUGGAUCCCACACUCGCGCCUGACGGCAGCUCACUUCCUCCAGGCUUCAACUUACCCGGAUUACCAAGUUCCCCGGCUCUUCUGCCGCAGUCAUUGGCACCUCAAGUCCCUCCCCUUUGUGACUUGGCCAUUCGUCCUUCUAUUGUAGCUUUGCAAGCUGCUGCACCUUUUUCCGCCACUGCACCAUCUCCUAGACCAUCCUUGAUGUGGGCGGUCAAGCCUUUAAUUGAACCAUCAAUUCUCGUGAAGGCUGUUUCUAGUGAAGGCAUCACCGUACGAGAUGAAAGCCCUGCUAUCAGCCCUCCUGGGUUUGGUCCUCCUGGGUUUAGUGCUCUCCAAUCCAGUGUACAGUCUCAAGCUCUACCACUGGGGGGCCCUCCCUUCAAGAAGGCCUUGCCGCCUUCGUUAAAACGGAUGACCAGCUAUGUUAACCGGACGAGACAAGCUCCCAUCAGCAACUUCAGUGCCACCCUUGAUGCAGCAGGAGCCAACUCAGGAGCAAUUGUUGAAUACCAGCAUGUUGCAAUCGGAGAGCGAGAAGCUCCAGAAUUUCUUGCAACGGUGUUGGUGGACGGUGAAGCAAUCGCUGAAGCUCAAGGAACAACCAUCCAUGUUGCCCAGGAGCUUGCAUCUGAAAAGGCUCUACAUCUCAUCAGUACCUGGACAGGGAGUAUCAAUGGGACUUUCGAGAGGCCUGCUGCUGAAUCACCUGGCAGAGCCAGGAGAGAUGGAGGUGCUAGCAGCCCUGACAGGAAUUCACAAGUUCCGCGGUCAUCGUCAGGACGUGUCACCAGCUCUCUUCAUAAAAGGAGUGUUAGUCAGUCGGAGGCAAGCAAAAGGGAGGCUAGCAUGAUAAAAUUUUCGAGUGAAAUGAGCAGUAUGCAAGGCUCUGCUAAACGACAGAGACUGAUGGGGCCUUCUUAGUGGAGGUGCCUACCACAGCAUUCCUCAUUUGUACAGGCUACAUACUCCGCUGAUUUGAUUAGCUUGUGUGUCAUACCUACAAAUGCAUAAGAAUACACCAUGCUCAUAUGAGCAUCACAGCUUUUUCAAUU